UGGGCCUGGCCCCAGGAGCUUCCUGGCCUCUGCCAAGCCCUCCCGGCUCUCUGCACACUGCGUUCAUUGUCUGAGGUGCUCCACACCGGCUGUGCUGACGUGGAGCCGCCUCCCUGGCCUCCCUCAGCCCAGGUCUUGGGGAAGGAGAGGGCAUGAGUGGUGAGGAGGACCCCUCCACCAUGACUCCCCAGGGGAGCAGACACCGUCCCCCAAACUGAAUAUAGCGCUAGCUUUGACACAGUCAGGUUCAACUCCUGUCCUGCAACCUCUGAGGUACAGCCUGAGGUCCUCCACAAUAUAGAGCUGUUUCUCAUUCUCCCUCUACCCCAGCCCCUAGGGCUAUCUCCAAUGUCAUCAAAAUGUAGCAAAAACCUUCUAUUGGGUUGUAUGGUCUCAAACAGGUGGAGAAACUGAGGCCUGGAAGGGCCUUGACGGGGAGGUCCCACAUCCAGGGACUGCUGGGACAGACCCCAAGUCCAGGAGAGAAGAUGUGACAGGGAGAUGAGAAAUAGUGAAAAGCACGAAGUGUGCAGGAUCUCCCCCUGGGCCUUCAAGGAUGGCCAGUCUGUUCCUACAUGGUGCUGGGAUCGUCUGAAGGCUUCAAGUGCUGGGUCCUGGCACACCACCCCUUCAGCAUUUAGCUCCUAGCUCAUGCGAGCCCAGAAAGGGCUUGACAGCCUGUAGUGGGCAGGAUUGGAACCCAUCUCCAGGCCUGCAAAGGAGCCAUUUCUGAAGGCUUGGGAAAUGGAGUUUGGCCGCGGCGGUGAAGAAGCCAAGGUUGCUGAAGUUGGGGCCAUGUCCGUAGUAUGCUUUCCUCAGGAACCACAUUUAUACUUGGUUCCUAAACCCGGGGGGACAGUCUGUACCAGUGCUGCUCCCCUCGCUUGGGCAGAGUCAGGCGCUGGGGCUGCCAGCUUGCUGCUUAGCCACUUCUGUGCAGUGUGGCUCACCCUGCCCAGGCCCUGGGAUUCACGGCUCCUCCCAGCUCCAGCAGACCCAGCUCCUGAACUUCCUUCCUCCUGCCCCUCCCCUCGCCCACACCAAGUGAGCAGCUGGUGACUUGGCCAGCCUGGCACCAGCUGUCCAUCCCUGGGGCCAAGUCGGCUGAGUCCGCUGUGUUCGUGAGAGACAGUUUGGCUCUGGGGGCGGUGGUCGGACAGCUGCCGAGGAGGACUAGGAAACGUCCACUCACCUUCUACCAGCAUGGCGACCUCCUCUCAAUACCGUCAGCUGCUGAGUGACUAUGGGCCUCCAUCACUAGGCUACACCCAGGGAACUGGAAAUAGCCAGGUGCCUCAGAGUAAAUAUGCAGAACUGCUGGCCAUCAUUGAGGAGUUGGGGAAAGAGAUCAGACCCACGUAUGCAGGGAGCAAGAGCGCCAUGGAGAGACUGAAACGAGGCAUCAUUCAUGCCCGAAGCCUGGUUCGGGAGUGCUUGGCUGAAACGGAACGUAAUGCCAGGUCCUAGCCUUGGCCAGUCUGAAGGCCCAUCUUGCUACUCCACGGAGAUGAGAGGCGUUGUUCAAAAUGGCAGUAGUUCUACGGCGAUCAUUAAGCUCUGAACCCACACUCAAAAGAUUGGGAAGACAUUUUGCAGUUUCUGACGAUGUGCAUUUUAAGUAGUUAGGAAUGACUCGGCUCUUUUCUUUCCAAGCAUCUGAAAGACGUUUGUGAAGCCACUUCAGAGCAAGCUAUUGUUUGCCCCCCAAAUACCAGUGUCCCCUUUAAUUUCCCUCUGGAUACAUUUUCCAUCUGCAUCACCCCAGUUGACUUCCUUUCCAUGAGCUCACCUGCCCCUGAGGACUUGCGUGCACACAUCAUCACCUUUGCUUGGUGGCUGGCCUGCCUGUGUACAGCGUAGACCCUGCUUCAGGGAGCUUCUCUGCUUAAGUAUCUGCAUGACUGAGUGCUUUGAAGUCAAUCUUAAGAAUGCACAGGUCAUAAACACAGAAGAGCAAUUACUCAACCUACCGCGCACCCUGCAAAUGUCCAUCCUGAGACCGUAGAUCUCAGUUCCAUGUUUACUGUGAGCCGAUCACAUCUGGAGGAAAACGACUGAAACUGUUGCAUCUUUGUAUUUAUUACUUGAUGUAAUAAAGCUUAUUUUCAUUAA